AUGGCUUUACCAAUAUUACACAUAAUCGGUGCGGUUUUAAAUACGUAUCUUCUGUGGUACGACCAGAACUAUGUGGAUGUACCUUUUAAAGCGGGAUUAGAUCUCUAUCCAUUCAGAGGGCGGGUCCUCUUCCUAACUUUGUGGAAUUUCGUAUUACAGGCUAUAUACAUGUGGAUUGCCUUCGCUAAUGAUGUCUUCGGCACAAAUGAUCCGGUACCAAAGAACCCACCAACGAUUAGAAAAAUCAAGGAUACUCUGUUCGCGCUAGCCUUCCCUAUGGGCGUCUAUGUAUCUGUGGCAUUCUGGGGCGUAUACGCUGUGGACAAGGACUUAAUUUUCCCGCCACCCGUGGAGAAAGCUUACCCGCCAUGGAUUAAUCAUCCUUUGCACACUUUUGUCUCUAUAUUUAUGAUAAUUGAAAUGUUAACAUCCGACGUUACGUAUCCAUCGAGAAAAGUUGGUCUAGCGAUUACCAAUACCUUUAUUUUCUCUUAUUUAGGAUUCUUAUUCCUGGUAAAUAGUCAAACUGGUGAAUGGGUUUAUCCCGUAUUAGAUGAAAUGAACUGGCCAGAGAGAAUAUUCUUUAUGGCGGGAAGUAUUGUUAUAGGUCACGGAUUUUAUUUCUUAGGUGAAAAGUUUAACAGAAGAUUAAAUCCAUCUAACACUAAAGUUAUUGGUAAAAAGAAGGCAUAG